UCUUGUUCCUCUCAGAGUUUUCAUAAGUCUCUGCUGAGAGCCAAGUACUUCAGUUGCAUCACAGGAUCCAGGAGUGAGCCAUAGGAAGGAGCUCUCAUCUGGUUGUGCAGACAAAAUGGAAGCCAACUAUUCCAUCCCUCUGAAUGUAUCAGAAGUGGUUGUCUAUGAUUCUACCAUCUCCAGAGUUUUGUGGAUCCUCACAAUGGUGGUUCUCUCCAUCACCUUUGUCCUGGGUGUGCUGGGUAAUGGACUAGUGAUCUGGGUAGCUGGAUUCCGGAUGGUUCACAGUGUCACCACUACCUUUUAUCUGAAUCUAGCUUUGGCUGACUUCUCUUUCACAGCGACUCUACCAUUCUUUGUCAUCUCAAUUGCUAUGAAAGAAAAAUGGCCUUUUGGAUGGUUCCUGUGUAAAUUAGUUCACAUUGUGGUAGACAUAAACCUCUUUGGAAGUGUCUUCCUGAUUGCUUUAAUUGCCUUGGACCGCUGCAUUUGUGUCCUGCAUCCAGUCUGGGCUCAGAACCACCGCACUGUGAGCCUGGCUAGGAAGGUGGUUGUUGGGCCCUGGAUUUUAGCUCUGAUUCUCACUUUGCCCAUUUUUAUUUUCCUGACUACAGUUAGAGUUCCUGGAGGUAAUGUGUACUGUACAUUCAACUUCGCAUCCUGGGGUAGCACUGCUGAAGAACUAUUGAACAUAGCUAACACUUUUCUAACAGUUAGAGGGAGCAUCAGGUUCAUUAUUGGCUUCACAAUGCCCAUGUCCAUUGUUGCCAUCUGCUAUGGACUCAUCGCUGUCAAGAUCCACAGAAGAGCACUUGUUAAUUCCAGUCGUCCAUUAAGAGUCCUUACAGCAGUUGUGGCUUCCUUCUUUAUCUGUUGGUUUCCCUUUCAACUGGUGGCCCUUUUAGGUACAAUCUGGUUUAAAGAGUCAAUGUUUAGUGGUCGUUACAAAAUUCUUGAAAUGUGGGUUCACCCAACCAGCUCAUUGGCCUACUUCAAUAGUUGCCUCAAUCCAAUGCUCUAUGUUUUCAUGGGCCAGGACUUCCGAGAGAGACUGAUUCAUUCCCUGCCUUCCAGUCUGGAGAGAGCCCUGAGUGAGGACUCUGGCCAAACCAGUGAUACAGGCAUCGGUUCUGCUUUACCUCCUGUAAACAUUGAUAUAAAAGCAAUAUGA